GAGAGAGACGAGUAUGUCUCUUUUUAAAAGAAGAGGGAAAAGUCCAUAGAUGAGGAGAACCCUAAGGGAAGCCAGCGUACACAAUGAUUUUGACACCCUCUCCCUCAAACCUUCGGCCAGCUCUGUCAGAACCCUUUUAUUUGGUUGGGCAUGGGGGUGUGAAGAUGAGGGAGUCGGGGAGGGAAAGAAGGGACAGGCAGCAGAGAACGGUUGGAAUUUGUCCUCUUGGCAGAGUCAGGAAGCAGCUUCUUUGCUUCCUCAUCUUGUUGCUGAUCCUGCGGAGUGGAGAGGGCCCCUCCCCCCGUCUCCCUUUCUCUGGCUUUCUGUGUUCUGCAAAGGGGAGGAAGAGGGAAAGGGUGGAAUUUGCACAUCAGGCUUCCCGGAGCCGCAGACUGGGUCUUGCGCCCUUCGUCCAUUUCUCCCUUGGUAUCUUUUCCAUUUCUCCUCUAAAGAAGCUUCUCCCCUCCUCCCACCACCAAUCUCUAGUUCGCCCUCCUACCCCACUGGCGCGCGCACAACGGGACUCCGGCACGUGGGCGCGCGGGAAGAGGCGGCGGCGGCGGCCAAGGCUGCUACUGCUGCUGCUACUGCUACUGCUACUGUUACUGCUUUUGCCCAAACCGGCUCAAGCCUUGGCUGCUGCCGCCCUCUCAGUCUCUAGCCGGAACCCAGCAGAGCAUCAAGGGAAACGGGAAUCUGGGAGAGAGCAGUGCAAGCACAGGGAGGGGGAGGGAAAAAGAGAGAGAGGACACCGUGAAAAGAGGGUUUGGGGGAGGCGGGUGGGUAGGGGAGGGAGAGCCCUAAAACCCGAAGCCUGUGAGCAAAAGGAGAAAACCCCGCUCUCCGGCCCCCGCCCUCCUUCCCCGCCUUCUCUUCUUCCUCCCUCCCUCCUUCUCUCCCUCCCUGCCUGCCUGACUGUCUGCCGGAAAGCACGAUGCAGCGGCGCUCUGGGUAGGCGGCGGCCGGCGGGAGCGGACAGAGGUUUCCCCGCAGCUGUCAAGGCGUCCGGCUGCUCCCUCCGGCUGGGGCCUGGAUUCAGGGGGCGGCCGGAUCGCCAGCCCACGGCUAGAAGCUCCGGGAGGGCUUGGGAGCCGGAGCCGCAGCUAGAACCAGAGGAAAAGAGCGUUGGUGCAUGCAGCCGGGUGCUUAAAGUCCAAGGAGAGUUGGUGCUGCUGGGGUCGGUCACCCCCACCCUCCGCCCCGCUUCCCACCCAACUUCAUUUCCAGCCCCUUCUUUCCUCCUCCUCUCUCCCCCUCCUCCCCCCAUUCUGUGGCUUCGCUGACUCGUCCAAAGGAGGGAUGUACUCCCGGCCGGGCUGCGCGCUCGCUGCCUCUCCCCUCAUGGGAUUGCCUGCACUGAGAGGCUGGAGUUGGAGCGCUUAGCUCCCGCGGAGCCGGGAGAAGACGGAGGGGGAGCAAAAUUAAUACACAGACACACACACAGAGACCCAUACAGUCCUUCUGCUGCACUUGCUGCUCGCCCUUCAGUCCCGCGAGGGGGCGGCUCCGGCCGGCGCCCAGACCAAGGGGAUUCCUGGCUGGCUGAGUGUCACUCAGCAUCAAGCCAACUACUGAUGAUUUUAACUGGUGCUUAUGUCCUGCUGGGUGACCUGAUGCUGACUGACAGCCCAGGAUGCCUGUGGUGGGGCUUUCAAGACCCUUGAAGGGUUCCCCAUCCCUAUCCAUGAAAUUGGAAACUAUGACAUAGCAGAAGAUUCUCAAGGAAAAAGACAUGGGUUGAAAUUUCACCUUGCUACUUAGCACCUGUGAGACCUUAGGAAAAUAUGUCUAACUUUCUGAGUCUGUUUUCUCUUCUAUAAAAUGAAGAUGUUGAAUUAGAUGGCCACUUGCAGUUUAUUUCAGCUCUAAAGUUAUGAUCCUAUGAACUUCAAAUGUUGAACCUAAGUACCUACUUCCUUAACAAUCUCAACUAUAUCAUUAUCCUCACCAUCAUUAUUUAUAUAUACAUGUGUAUAUGUAUGCACACACACACACACACAC